AUGAUAUUGCAGCGUGAAAUGGAGAAUAUAACAGCGUCCCGCGAGAUUUACGAUAAUAUGUCUCUGCUCUCUGCAUUCCAGGCAUACCUUAUCUACUCAAUGGUUCUUUAUUUUCGACUUGAUGUGACUCGCGAUCAUUCUAUUCGACAGACAAUGAUUACCUUACAAGAGCUAGCUCAUGCUUCAAGCAAAGAGGGUCUUGUCUGCGCGAGCGACCAGGCUAGAACCAGGCCUCACUGGGAGGAAUGGAUCGUCACAGAAGCAAAACGGCGAACUUUGUACAUGAUGUACCUGUUCGACAGUGUCAUUUCCACACAGGAGAAUAUGCCCACUUAUCUCGGUACUGAGCUACAGGGUCUUCCUGCUCCUGCAGCUAGGGCGAUAUGGGAGGCAGGCUCUCGAUAUGAUUGGGAGCAGGCGUAUAAUCUCUUCUUGGCGGAAUGGAUGGAACCUGGCCUGGCGAUUGAUGAACUUUGGCCGAUUCCGCCGGAAUUGAACGAGGCUGAGAUCUCGAAAAGACGGAGUAGAGUGGAUCAUUGGUUAGAAGAUAUUGAUGGUUUCGGAACUAUGCUUUACGCUGUAGCUAGUUGUACUCAUGGUGGCUGA